ACUUACAAAUUAUCAAUUUGAUUUUUUUAUUUUUAUUUCUUAUUUUCAGUUUAAUAUUUUUUUACUAACAUUUUUUUCUAAAUAUCCCGCCUUGUUUUGUCUUAAAUGUCGCUUUUUUUUCCAAACAUAUUGAUACGCUAGUGCUGCCACCAGUAGUUGAUAGAGAGAAACAAUGAAAAAAAUAAUAACAACAGUAAAAAUAGCAGCUAAAUUUUUCACGAAGAAUCAGUUUUCACGUUUUUUAUUAAUUACACCAAAACAAAAAGGAUUCAGAUAGUAAUUUUUGAAAGGGUUCUUGUGAUCAGAAAUACACAGAUAAUAAAAAAAAAAAUAAGUCGAUAAGUCUUGUUUUUCGAAAGUUAUCGUGUUUAGACGAGUCCGAACACUACAAUUGACGCACUGAGGGCUUCGGACUAAAUCAUUUUUUUAAAAUUAAUCACAUCAUUAAUCAAAUAUGGAUUGCAUUGAAAAAUGUUCCUUAAUAAAUUUCCUUUAAAAUGGUAUAUAUCAAUAACAACUUUGGUGUACUAGAAAGAAAGUACAGAGAGGAUUUAAAGUCCGUGAAAGGGCCGAGAGUGAGAGAGUGACAGUAAAGCACACCUAACGCUUUCGCGAUUGAGGUGUGCAAUAUUAAGAAAACCCGAAAAAUAAAUUCAAAACCUCUAUUAUUUAUUUUUCUAAACCAAUUUUUCAGUUAUUUUAUAUGUACUGCCCGAUGUGUUAAUUUACUUAUGUUUUUUCACUAACACUUUUGACGUUUUAUCUUUAAGUAAUUAAAAUAAUGACGGUAAUUAUCGGCAACAGCAAAAAUACAAGGAAAAAUUGCAGGUAAUUGCAAUUUUAUCAGUAUCCAAUAAUGUGAAGAAAAACAAAGUGUAUCGGUAAUAAGGCGAAAAAACAGAGUAGCUUUUAAUCCUAAAAACAGUUGCAUUGAAAAUAUAGCGAUGAAGGCAGAAUUAAGGAUUACGUAUUGCACAAUAUUAUUUAUUACUGCAGGAACUGUACGGUCAAGUGACCAUUUAUCUGACAGAUCGGAAACAAAUAGACCCAUUGUUCAAGUGCACGACGGCCAAUUGAAAGGAAUUAAAGAGGAAAAUGUCAAUGGACAGAGCUACUUUUAUGCGUUCCGAGGUAUUCCGUUUGCAAAACCACCCGUUGAUGAGCAAAGAUUCAAGGAUCCUGAACAAGUGGAACCGUGGACUGACGUAAGGGAUGCUAGAGAAUUUGGUAAUGUUUGUAUUCAAUUUGAAUGGCCAAAAAGAAAAAUCCAUGGAGAGGAAGAUUGUCUUUAUUUAAAUGUUUAUACAUCGGAAGUAGAAUCUAGUCAACUACGUGCUGUUAUGGUUUGGAUUUUCGGUGGUGGUUUUCAAUAUGGAUCAGGAAAUGACGACAUGUAUGGCCCGGAUUAUCUUGUUGAGAAGGAUGUUGUUUUAGUGACGAUAAAUUACCGCCUCGGAAUAUUCGGUUUCCUUAAUUUGGAUGAUGAAGCGGCUCCAGGUAACCAGGGAUUGAAAGAUCAGGUCAUGGCUUUGAAAUGGGUACAACAGAAUAUUGAUAAAUUUGGUGGUGAUCCAAAUCUCGUUACUAUUUUUGGUGAAAGCGCUGGAGCUGCUUCUGUUCACUAUUUGACCCUUUCCCCUCUAAGUCAAGGACUAUUCAGUAAAGCUAUUUUACAAAGUGGUGUAGCAACUGAUCCAUGGGCAAGUGUAUCGGGCUCGAUAAAGGAAGAAGCCGAAAGAUCAGCUGACAAAUUGGGAAAUAAAUCAACUGAUACCAGAGAACUGAUCGAAUACUUCCGAAGUAUUGACCCUCAGGAUAUACUCGAAGCAAUUCAAUCAUUACAAUCUUGGAAGAAUUAUUAUCUGGGGAAAUAUUCUUACGUGCCAUCAGUAGAUUCGAAAUCAAAUAAUCCAUUUCUGAACAUCCCAAUAGCCCAAGCUGCAAAAUCCGGAAUCAGAGUGCCCCAUAUUAUUGGCUACAACAGUCAAGAAGGAAUUUUCGCUCUCUAUGAACGUGACGAUGAUCAGUAUUCCGAGAUCGACUCUAAUCAAGAUACACUACUGUUACAUCCAAAUGAACAAAUAUUUUUAAAUCUUCGGAAUCUAUCCGGGGACGAUUUAAAAAAAUUUUUUAUGGGUAACAAUUCAAUAUCACGGGGAAACGCUCAACAGUUUAUAGAUGUGAAUACAGCUGCACGUUUUGUUAUUAAUAUUCAAGAUGUCCUUGAUAUUCAAUUCUCAAUACCCGAUGUGCAAACGUAUUUUUAUAAAUUUGACUACUACUCAAAAGAUACUUCGAUAGUGCAGCAGUUAUAUGACACGGACUUAGAAGGUACAUCUCAUUUAGAAGAUGUUUUCUAUCUAUUCAAUGCAAAAAUUCUAGAGGCACAAAAUAUUGAUCCGCCGACUUCAAAUUCUGUUGGAAACGUCAUCAAACAAAGAUUCGUAGAAUUAUGGACUAAUUUCGCUAAAAAUGGAAAUCCGAAUUCGGGAGAAUCUGAAUUAAUUCCCAUUGAAUGGAAACCCAAUGACAGCCCUACUGAAUACACUUGUCUAGAAAUAUCCGAGGAUCUCAAAUUGAUUAAGGAGCCAAAUAUUUUGAAUGAAGUAUCGAAAAAUAUUUAAAACGAAUAAUGAUUUACUAAAAUUGUGGUUUUUUUAAUACCGGUUCGAAAAAUUUGAUCUGAUUUUAGUCAAACCAGAUUGUAUUUGGACUCAUUGGUCUGUCUUUAGAUUUUUAUUUAAAUUUUAAGCUGUUUUUGAUGUAAAGACGAUCAAAAACAGAUUAAAGGUAAUAGACUGAAAAAGUUUGAUUGUGGUCUGGAUAAAUACAAAAGAAGGCAAAAUAUUCUGAGAAAAAAAUGUGAUUUUGAUCAAAGAAUCAAAUAUAGUAGAUCGCAUAUCAAAUUCUCCGAAAAAAUAAUUUAUCUUAUUGUUUUCCUUCAUAAUUUAUUUAGGGGUAACACUUUUCAAGUAUUUUCAAUAAUAUAAUCGAAUUUUGUACAUGAAUCGUUUCUUCUGUCUAUUAAGGAACAAAAUAUUAAGAAAACCCGAAAAAUAAAAUCAAAACCUCUGUUAUUUAUUAUUUCAACCAGAAUUUUUCAGUUAUUUUUAUUCAUUGCCCGGUGUGUUAAUUUACUUAUUUUUUUCCACUGAACACUUUUUACAUUUUAUCUUUAAGUAAUUAAACUAAUGACGGUAAUUACCGGCAACAGCAAUAAUACAAGGAAAAAUUGCAGGUCAUUGCAAAGUUAUCGGUAUCCGAUAAAGUGAAGAAAAACAAAACAUAGAAGAAUUGUACGGUCAAGUGACGACUUAUCUGACAAAUCGAACACAAAUAGACCUAUUGUUCAAGUGCACGACGGCCAAUUGAAAGGAAUUAAAGAGAAAAAUGUCAAUGGAGAGAGCUACUUUUAUGCGUUCCGAGGUAU